AUGUCGGAGAAUUCUGAAAUAUCCGCAAGCACAUCAUCCAGAAGUCUCGGCGAGAUACCAGAAAUCGCCGCUAUAAAUCUCAAAAUCGACCUCGUAUCAUCAGCCAAACGUAAUAUCACGUUCUUGAAAAGGGUUGCCGAUUCUCAAUGGCUUCACCACACAAACAUUACAGUGGAAGCAAUACGAAGGUACCGUGAUUUAUGGAUGCCGUUGAUCUCUGAUCUGACGGUGGUUGACUCUUCGUUGCCUAUGGUUCUUCCUCCGUUUGAUGUUGAGUGGGUUUGGUUUUGUCACACUUUGAACCCUGUGAGUUAUAGAGAAUAUUGUGAGAGAAGAUUCUCGAAACUCAUUGGUAGAGCGGUUAUCUAUGACGAAGAGAAUAGAGAAUAUGCUUUGUUUCGAUGCAGAGAAAUUUGGAACAGUAAGUACCCGUUCGAGUCUUUUGAGAAUGAAGCGAGUUCUGAUUCGCAGGAUUCUGAUACAGUGGUUGCCGAGGAUGAUGUUUUUAAGGAAGUUGAGAAGCAAAGGUUGUUGUGUUGUAAGUUUAUGGAACCGUAUAGGUCUGAAUUGGUGUACUUGAUAGCUGCGAGACAGAGAUACAAAGCUUUCUUGUUUAUGAUGCAAAGGUUUGGUUCUGAAUGUUGUUCGCCUUUGGUACCUACUUCUGAAAUUUUGCUGAUGUGGUUGACUCAUCAGAGCUAUCCAACAGUAUAUAUGGAAGAUUUGAAAGCGUUGGGUUUAGAGAGUUAUAUGCACAAGGUUGCAAAUUUGUCUGAAACUGUGAAGGAGGAGGAGUUUGAAGAAACCAAGAAAUUGUGGGAUAGAGCAUUCAAUCAACCUUAUGAGAAAGCCGGUGGAGACGUGCCUCUGACAUUGGAAGGUGCUAUUGCAAUCAAGUCCCCCAUCUCGUGGGAGGAAUCGGACACAGAUGUUAAUACAAAAUAUCGGUCAUUGCUUCCGCGGUUUUUACUCGAGGCCUGUGUGUUUGUGAGGCCUAAGCCAAGAAUAAAGGCAUUGCAGAAGGAUACAAACCGUGAAUUCCUACGCCUUCGAACGAUUAGGUGUCAUAGUGAGCUAAAGUUAGAUGAAGCCAUCUCCAAUUUCCCCUUUGAUUCAUGGAAAAAAGCCUGGCAUCUUUACUGUGAGUUUGGAAGCAAGGGAGUUAUGCUUGAAUAUCGCCGUCAUGGUGGGGUCAACUGUCUGAAAAGAAGUAGCAGGCGAGACACCAUUUCAUUCCGCUGGAAUGAUUUAUUGAGAGCAGAUACUCUAAUGUUGGAAAAAGAAGUUAGUCAACAGGGGCAAUGA